UAUGAACCAAUACUUCGAAAUCCCAACCCUAACAAAAGAUGGCGUCAAGACCCGCUAGCUACACUCUCCGGAUAGCUUCAGCCCCUAGGGCUGUCCGAGCUGUCCCAGCGCUCCAUCCUCGCUUCACCAGACCAUCCUCUACCUCGUCCCCCAAGCCCACCGCGCCGACAAAAGGAAAGGGCAAUGUCGACAAUGUGGCCGAGUCCAUUUCCAACAAGAGCGAUAUCCCUCCGCUUCAAAGACCGCUGGGUAUUCCCGAGCAUCCGACGGCUGUGAACAAGACGUGGAAGCAGAAGCGUAGAGAUAUGCUGGAUGACGACCGAGCAAAGGAGAAGACGAAGGUCUUGUGCGUAUUCUCCGAUCACGCUUUGGAGCUCUUUGAUCACGCUUUGGAGCUCUUUGAUCACGCUUUGGAGCUCUUUGAACACGCUUUGGAGCUCUUUGAACACGCUUUGGAGCUCUUUGGCUGAUGUGUAUAUUUAUAGACUGGCCGAAGCCAAGCAGGGUUACUUUCAUGAUUACAACAGAGCUCGAAAAGGCGGUGGUGGUAAACUGUGGAUAGCUCCCAGUGUCCUUAUUCGAGAAGAUAGGGCAAAUUACUUUCCCGACAUCUCGGGCAAAAACCUCCUCGGAACCAACGUCCACACUACCGACCUCUUUGCCGGCAAAGCCACCCUCGUCUCCAUCAUUUCUACCCGCUUAUCAGAAGAACAUGUGCAAACAUUCUCCCAGCCGGUACUGGAAGAUCUAGAAGGGCAUCCUCGUUUCCAAUCCGUCACUAUCAAUCAUCAGCCGAACUCGCUCAAGACGUGGAUUGUGAGCAUGUUCACUUCGUCUCUGAAACGAACGAUACCGAAGGAGUACUGGGGCAAUUACAUCUACGCCACAAGCUCCUGGUCUGAACUCGAUAUACUCCAACCACUCAACCUCGACAACCACCUGCUAGGCUACACUUUCCUUGUCGAUCACAACUGUAAAGUCCGCUGGGCUGGGUGUGGUGAGGCGACGGAAGAAGAGAGGCAGAACCUGAGGCGUGCGGCCGCCGUGCUUGUUGGGAGGAUGAAGGGUGGAUCGAUAAAGGCGGAGGGUGAGGCUUCUGCUUGAGGCCCAUCACAGUAGCAUCAGAAGUCAUGCAUUGCUUCAAUAAGC